CGUAAAAUUAAGCAGCAAGUAAGUUUCUUUCCCUCCCUUUAGUUAGCGGAUAUGGAACCCAAGAACUGGAAAUUACCGGCGAGGCUCGAUUUUCUGUAGUGUGAUUCUUUUUAUUACUAUUACUCUGCCGCAGUGGAAUCAGAAUGUGAUGGCGAUAAGAUCCCAAAUCCCGGCAGCGAUGGAGCGGCAGGACCGUCGGUUUCCGGCGAACAUGGGGCAGUAUCUUCUCCCCUCGACUUGAAUCGGGGGGAGUCUUCUUCUCCGAAUUGCGCGCAGGGAACCGCCAUUUUUGAAUUAGAACCGUAUUUGGGCCAGGAAUUCGAUUCAGAGGUGGAAGCGGUGGAAUUCUACUGUGCCUAUGCGCAGCGGGUGGGUUUCGCAAUCCGGAUGGGGGAUCUGAAUCGGGCUCGAGAUGGAUCGGUGAUCUCUAGGAGGAUUGUUUGCAACAAAGAGGGGUAUAGGAAGUCCCAUAGGUAUCAGCAGAAGCAGAACUUGGGGACAAGUGCUGCAGAGCGGAAGCGUCGCCAUAGGGCUGUUACUAGGGUUGGAUGCAAGGCGAAAGUGGGAUUCACGAGGCAGAAAUCUGGGAGAUGGGUUGUGAAAAGCUUGGUGAAGGAGCACACUCACCCGCUGGCUGCUGCCACCCAGCUUCAAGAUCAACGUUCGAUAGGGACUCGCGUCUAUCAAAUUCCGGCUGCUGAUGAAAGGAUCCGCCAACUUAGUGAUGAGCUGCUAAUGGAAAGAAAACGUUCGGCAUCACUCCGAGGAUAUGUAGAUCAGCUACUGAAUCACAUUGAGGAACAUACAGAAGGGUUGACCCGAAAGAUCCAACACAUAGUAGAAAAAGUAAAGAUGAUCGACUCUGAAGGGAAAAACAGUUAAAAAGAUACCUAGGAACUGCCUUCACUUUGUACCAAUGUGAAACAUUGUCGAUUUCUUUUCCAAUCCAUCCAUUAUUUCCCCUGCUCAGCUGCUUGUCUCUGUUCUGUGGCUUCUGUAACUACGGAAACAUGAAUGAAUGUGUAAAUGAUUGAAGAGCUCCAUUAUAAUUCUCUGCAAAAUGUGCAGCAGAUGAGGGGAGU